CGCCGAGAAUUUGCUUCUUUCUUUCAAAUCCUUCAAAUCAGCGCCAAAAACCCUAAAUCAAAACAUUUCCCCAUUCUUGGCGCCCAAAUGGUCCCGACCACCACUCUCUUCAUCCACUCGUCUCUUCUGUCCAGAACUGUUGAUUCGCCGAUCAAUUGGAAUGGCGAGUGGAAGAAAACGGCGGAGACGACGCAAAUCUACGACACAGGGGAAAAUACCGCCGGCGAGGAUGAAAAGGAACGAGAAGAGAAAUCUGCGGAAUCGAAGAAACCCAUCAUCGACACAGGGAGGACUAAAGUGAAAGAAGAAGAGGAAGAAGACUGCGUUUCAUGGAGUCCAAAGGCCUGGAAGAAAACCACGGCUUCCAAGAAGAGCCAGGAAAGAGGAAGGCUAAUUAAGUAAUGCUAAUGCUUGUGAAACAGGUAAUAAUUAAUAUCCAUGAAU